AUGACACUUUCAAUUGCCAAACCGUUUGUUUCAAUUUUUAAAAAAGGAAAAUCUAAAAAGAGUGAACAUGAUGAUAUCAAUGGAAAUUCUCACCACCAUCAUGAUAGUAAUUAUAUAAAAUCGAAACACCACGGUGACAUUGAACAAAAUUCAAAUUAUUUAACUGUAAAUCACAAACAAAAAUCAUAUACUGAUAAUGAUAAAAUUGAAGAGACAUAUACUGUAUUGUAUCAAGUUUAUGAUGAAAAUUCAUGUAGAGGUGCCAGUCCACAAUUAAAAUAUGAAGAAAGAGUUUUAAAGAUAAAUGAAGAGGGUGUAUUUUUAUUUGAACAAGAAAAGUUGGUUUGCCAUUGGGGAUUCUCAUUAAUUAAAGAAUUUUCAUUGGAUGAAAAUUGGACUGACUGGAUAGUAAUAUUAAGAGAUUCAACAAAACAUUAUUUUAAAUCUUAUGAAAGUAUUCAAAUCCAUUUAAAGAUAAAUGAUAUAAUAAGGAAAUUAGUUAGUCAAAUUCCAUCUUCAUCUUCUUCAUCUUUCUAA